AGUGCCGGGUCUCGGGGGAAACGGCCUUUGUGGGGAGGAGCGAGGGGACCGCCCGGCGGGGACGCAGGACCCGGGGAGCUGCGCCGGGCGGAGGGUCGGGCGGGCCUCAGCCCCUCGUCGUCCCCAGGCUCCCACUCCUUGAAGUAUUUCGACACCGCCGUGUCCCGGCCCGGCCGCGGGGAGCCCCGCUUCAUCGCCGUGGGCUACGUGGACGACAUGCAGUUCGUGCGGUUCGACAGCGACGCCGCGAGUGGGAGAGGGGAGCCGCGGGCGCCGUGGAUGCAGCAGGAGGGGCCGGAGUAUUGGGAGGAGGUGACUACGGACUUCCAGGCUGACGCACAGAGUUCCCGAUUUUGCCUGAGGAUCCUGCCCGGCUACUACAACCAGAGCGAGGCCAGGUCUCACACCUACCAGACGAUCUACGGCUGCGAAGUGGGGCCAGACGGGCGCUUCCUCCGCGGGUAUUUCCAGUCAGCCUACGACGGCAAGGAUUACCUCGCCCUGAACGAGGACCUGAGCUCCUUAACCGCCGCGGACACGGCGGCUCAGAUCACCCAGCGCAAGUGGGAGGCGGCCAAUGUGGCGGAGCAAUGGAGAGCCUACCUGGAGGGCAAGUGCGUGGAGAUGCUCCGCAGAUACGUGGAGAACGGGAAGGAGACGCUGCAGCGCGCGGGUACCAGGGGCAGUGGGGAGCUCUCCCCAUCUCCUGUAGAUAUCCCGGGCUGGCCUCCCACGA